CACCAAUCUCGACAGACUGUCGCGACUCAGUCGAAAUUAACAAUUCGCCAUAAUCACUGCACAGCUAGUCAUCAUCGACCACACCAGUCUGCACGUCGCUGGUCAUAGAAUAUACUGCUGUCACGAGUGGGAGCUAUUCCGAUGUUGCGUUUGUGAAACAUAAACAUCAACAAAACAAUUCUGGGCAAGCCGACCAUCAAUCCGACAUCUCCGACAUGGCUACAUUAUCUGCCGAGCAAACACUACAAUUACGCACUCAGUUGCAUCAAGCUGUAAUAGCAUGUAACGAUCGCUGCUUAUAUCGUUCUGCAAAAUGGGCCGCAGAACUUCUCAAUUCGUUCCCAGAACCAGACCACGACUUGGAUAUUGCCUCGGACACAGAGCCUAACUCCCCAACCGGUGAAGGCGAUCCUUGGUCCAACUUUCAAUUUUCACAAGAUGGACACGAGGCCCGUCUGGAACGCAGAGAGUAUCCCAAGUUCCUCAUGGCCAAAUCUUUCUUCGAUUGUCGAGAGUUUGAUAGGUGUGCUGCCACUUUACUACCCAGUCUGGUGCCCCAGGAGCCUAUCACACGAGAUCCAUCAAACGUUACGACGAAAAGCAAGCCGAAGUCAACGAAUUCCUUACCUGGUAUACCACAGCUGAGCCAACGUUCACUCUUCCUCGCCUUAUACGCAAAGUACAUGGCUGGUGAGAAGCGAAAGGAAGAGGACAGUGAAAUGAUCUUAGGCCCUACCGAUGGCUCUGUGACCUUGAACAAGGAGCUAAGCAGAAUAUCUAACAUUCUCGAUGAACAUCUAAGUGCUCGUGGAGGCCUCCAGAGCACAAAUGAAUCACAAGGCUUCCUGGAAUACCUAUAUGGCAUCGUUCUGUUGAAAGGCAAGAACGAUGUGCUUGCAAAAGCGUGGCUUCUGAAAAGCGUAAACCACUGUCCAUGGAAUUGGGGCGCAUGGCAAGAGCUUGCAGACCUCCUGAGCUCUGCCGAGGAGCUCAACGAGAUAACUGAUCACCUGCCGCAGAACAUCAUGACCUUCAUGUUUCACAUCUACUGUAGUCAGGAGCUGUUUCAAUCCACGGAAAAGGUCCAUAACGAGAUCAAUCAAAUCAGCAGUAUAUUCCCCAAUUCUGCCUUCUUACAAACUCAGCGCGCUCUGCUGCAUUACCACUCGAAAGAAUUUGAGGAGGCCGAUGGGCUGUUCGCUGACCUUCUCUCGCGACACCCCUAUCGACUUGACUCGAUGGACUCAUAUUCGAACAUCUUGUACGUGAUGCCAUCAAGGCCGAAACUAGCCUACCUCGCAUCUGUGGCAUCAGCAAUCGACAAAUUCCGCCCCGAAACCUGCUGCAUCAUCGGAAACUACUAUUCACAAUGUUCCGAACACGAGAAAGCAGUCAUGUACUUCCGCCGCGCGCUCACCUUGGACCGACAAUUCCUCUCCGCUUGGACUCUGAUGGGCCACGAAUACAUCGAACUCAAAAACACACAAGCCGCCAUCGAAAGUUACAGACGCGCUGUCGAUGCAAACAGAAAGGAUUACAGAGCAUGGUACGGUCUGGGUCAGGGCUAUGAACUCUUGGACAUGCACUCGUAUGCUCUGUUCUACUUCCAACGCGCGGUGGCCUUGCAACCCUGGGAUCCUAAAAUGUGGAUGGCUGUUGCAAAUUCCUUUGCCAAUUGCGGUAGAUUGCAGAAUGCGAUAAGGUCAUACAAGCGCGCUUUGGUCGCUGGCAGCUAUCUUGACAAUGGCGGCGGUGCGGUAAGUUUCACGUCUUCGGCUGACCCUCUUGCUGGAGCUGUUGGCGGUGCUUUGGAUCCCGAGAUACUGUAUCAGAUUGCUUUGCUGUUUGAAAGAGAUAACAACAUGGACGAGGCAUCGGCAUACAUGGAGCUUACGCUGGCUCAAGAGGAGGGGCCGGAUGAGGAUGACCUACCUCCAGGAGCACCAUUGUCCAGCGCUGGGGGAGGCAUUGGCAUUACACAAACGACAAGCAAGGCAAGACUAUGGUUGGCCAAAUGGAGUUUUGUCAAGCAAGAUUGGCAGCGGGCGUCAGAACUGGCGAAUGAACUGUGUCAAGAUGGAGUUGAAGUAGAAGAGGCCAAAGCUCUGGUGAGAGAUGUGAGAGCGCGAUUGGAAGCCGAAGGACAUAUAGGCGGAUGAGAAAAGCAACAUUUGAAGGCUAGAGAGAUUAGCUUGGGAGUCUCCAGAUGAUUAGCAGUAGCGAACAUUACCCUUGUCUCAAACGUAGUCGUUGCGUCAAAGCAGAUACACAUACUAGGCCCUAUGCUUCACAUGCAACUAGUAUUCCACA